GGGGCUUCGGCCGCCCCGGUGCAGGGCGGGAGGUGGCGGCGGCGGCGGCGGGAGCAUGGCGUGGUCUCGGUACCAGCUGGGCCUGGCUGCCCUCAUGCUGCUCACCGGCUCCAUCAACACGCUGGCGGCCAAGUGGGCUGACAACUUCAGCGCUGCUGGCUGCGGUGGGACGGAAGAGCACAGCUUCCAGCACCCCUUCCUGCAGGCCGUGGGCAUGUUCCUGGGUGAGUUCUCCUGCCUAGCUGUGUUCUACCUGCUGCUAUGGAGGGACCGGCGGAGGCCGGAGCCCAGCAUGGCGCCAUCACAGCCCUUCAGCCCGCUGCUUUUCCUGCCCCCUGCACUCUGCGACAUGACUGGGACCAGCAUCAUGUAUGUGGCCCUGAACAUGACCAGCGCCUCCAGCUUCCAGAUGCUGCGAGGAUCCGUCAUCAUCUUCACUGGGCUCCUCUCUGUGGCCUUCUUGGGCCGCAAGCUGGAGCUGAGCCAGUGGCUGGGCAUCCUGGUCACCAUCGUAGGGCUGGUGGUGGUGGGACUGGCUGACCUGCACAGCAGCCACGACCAGAAGCACAAGCUCAGCGAGGUGAUAACCGGUGACCUGCUUAUCAUCAUGGCACAGGUGAUCGUUGCCAUCCAGAUGGUGCUGGAGGAGAAGUUUGUCUACAAACACGACGUGCACCCGCUGCGGGCUGUCGGCACUGAAGGUUUUUUCGGUUUCAUCAUCCUGGCCCUGCUGCUGGUCCCUAUGUACUACAUCCCAGCGGGCAGCUUCAGCGGGAACCCCCGGCAGGUGCUGGAGGAUGCCCUCGAUGCCUUCUGCCAGAUCGGCCGGCAGCCCCUCAUCGCCCUGGCCCUGUUGGGUAACAUCAGCAGCAUCGCCUUCUUCAAUUUCGCCGGCAUCAGCGUCACCAAAGAGAUCAGUGCCACCACCCGCAUGGUGCUGGACAGCCUCCGCACCGUCGUCAUCUGGGCUGUCAGCCUGGCAGUGGGUUGGGAGCUUUUCCACGGCCUGCAGAUCUUGGGUUUUGCCAUCUUGCUGAUGGGUGCUGCCCUCUACAACGGGCUGCACCGCCCUGUGUUCGCUCGCCUGGCCCAGAGCAGGGCUGAUGGCAGCGAGGCCGAGCGGGAGGGAUUGCUGCAUGCAGAGAACACUGCCAUCAACAGUGAACGCUGAGCACUGUGACCUGUGGGACUUGUGCUCCUUCCAGGAGGAGCCUUUCUGCUGCCUCACUGUGUGGAGGCGUGGGGAGGACACUGCUGGGCUGUGCAUGCCUGCCUUUCCUUGGCACGGACAGGGCCAGCUUGGUAGGCAGAAGGCUCGCAAUGGGGCUGGCCCCACUGAUCCACGACCUGUGUUGCUGCCAAAUAAAGUGCUCCUGCCCAUGA